CUGGCUGGGCAGCUUUUCUUCUCCCAGCCGCUAGUGGGUCAUUCAGAUGACGCAGCAGGCAGGCCGGGCAAGUCGCAAGCUGCAAAGCAGGCGGGCUUCUCGGCCCUGGCCGGGCUGCUGCAGCAGCAACCCCGAGGAAAACCUCUCGUCAUCGUCACCACCCGGCUGGACUGCACCUUCACCCCGGCUUCCAGUCCAGAGCGCAGGCAGCGAGGGCUCACUCUAAAGCAGCCACGGCCAGCCGCUUGGUUUCCGGAGGGCUGAGCCUGCGCUUUCUGGCCCUAGCCCCGCCUCCCGCUCGCUGCCGCGCUGCUUUCUCUUCUCCAUCUCCAGUCGGCGCCCGGCGAAGGGGAGCCGUGGCAGGAGAGCUCGCACUGGCGCCGGCUCCAGGCAGGAGAAGCUGCGCGCGGCUCGCGGGCCUGAGACUUAAGCGCGCCUCGUCGCUGCGGGGCAUCGCCAGCUCCCUUUGCUUGAGGUACAUUAGGAGGGGCGUCUCCUAGCAAGCUUGACUCGCCGCCGCCGCCUUUUCACUUUGCCUCUCUUGCAGGGCAUGGAGCCGAAGAGGGCGCACCCCCUGGCCUUUUCCUCUGGCUGACGCGUGAGUGUGGCGCGCCUUCCGCCGCGCUCUUUGGCUCCUUCCAUUCAUUGCAGGUGGCACCUCUCUGCUGACUCCACACUCAUGUUUCCAUCGUGGGCGGGUACUUUCUAACCUGGGAGAUGGACGCUGGGGGAAGGCUCUAGCUUGACGGAAUCUUAUUGGCCUAGGAAGGAAGAGGUCUUUGGGGACAAACCAAGACCAGUUUGUUGAUGUCAAAGCUGGUAUCUGGAAAGCUGGAAUAUCCAAAUUAAUAUGAUUAUACUACUACACUGGAGAUAGUUCUGUGCUGUCAAAUGUAGUCUAAUAACUGACUUUGUAACUGCCAUGUUAAUGCUGCUUGCAUUUGGAGUGCUACUUCAAGAAAUCUUGGCUAAGGCUCAAGAUGAAAAUCUUACUGCUGGCAACAAUACUCGGGAAGUACCAUUGUAUAACUAUGAAAACAUCAACUUGCCAGAAGAGCAUAUCCCAUACUUUUUACGAAAUAACCAGCAUAUUGUUGCAGCCUGCAAGCAGGACCUUCAGUGCCCCUAUAAAAAGUACUUGAAGAAAUUAAAAGCCUGUUGGGGUUAUGAGAAAUCAUGCAAGGCAGAGCACAGAUUUGGAUACCCAGCAUGUAGUUAUGCUGAGAUAGGAUGGGCUAGUACCAUUGAGGAGGCACAGCUUGUCUUCUGGAAGCAAGCUGAUUUUGGUUAUGUUAAAGAGAGGAUGAACGAAGUGAAGAUCCACUGCAAACCUCAGGCAAUGGGAGAUUCUUCACUCGAAUGCUCUCGUUUCCUUCAGUAUUGCAGAGCAACAAAUUUGUACAUUGAUUUAAGAACUCCAAAGAGAAACCAUGAGAGAUUCAAUGAAGACUUUUUCCAGAAGGGUCAAGUUGGAGGUCACUGUAAAAUGGACAUUCAAACUUUCCUUGCUGAAGGUCAGCGGAAAAGCCCUCUUCAGUCAUGGUUUGCUGAACUCCAUACAUAUAUAGAAUUGAACUCCAGACCUAUGGAAGAUGGCAGUUGUGAUGUGGUUAUUGACAAGCCAACUUACUUCAUGAAGCUUGAUGCAGGUGUGAAUAUGUAUCACCAUUUCUGUGACUUUGUCAAUCUUUACAUCACACAGCAUGUCAUCAACUCAUUCAGCACAGAUGUCAACAUUGUCAUGUGGGAUACAAGCGCCUAUGGAUAUGGAGACUUGUUCAAUGAAACUUGGAAGGCAUUUACAGACUAUGACAUUAUACAUUUGAAAUCCUAUGAUUCAAAAAGGGUAUGCUUCAAAGAAGCAGUUUUUACGCUACUGCCUCGAAUGAGGUAUGGCUUAUUUUAUAACACCCCAUUGAUCUCUGGCUGCCAUGGCACAGGAUUAUUCAGAGCUUUUCCCCAGCAUGUGCUGCACAGAUUAAAUGUCACACAAGAAGGACCAAAGGAUGGAAAAAUCAGAGUGACAAUACUUGCCCGAAGUACAGAAUACAGGAAGAUAUUAAACCAGAAUGAGCUUGCCAGUGCUUUGAAAACACUGUCAUUAUUUGAGGUCCGAAUAGUGAAUUACAAGUACAAGGAGCUUAAAUUUUCAGAGCAGCUGAAAACUACGCACAAUUCUGAUAUAUUCAUUGGAAUGCAUGGAGCAGGACUUACCCAUCUUCUCUUUCUUCCAGACUGGGCUGUCAUCUUUGAACUAUACAACUGUGAAGAUGAACGUUGUUAUUUAGAUCUAGCAAGGCUGAGAGGUGUCCAUUACAUCACAUGGCAACGGAAGGAUAAAGUGUUCCCUCAGGACGAGGGGCAUCAUCCAACACUAGGAAAGCACCCGAAGUUUACAAAUUACUCCUUCGAUGUGGAAGAAUUUGUCCGCUUGGUGCUCUUGGCGGCUGAUCAUGUAUCACAACACUCCAAGUGGCCAUUUAGAAGAAAACACGAUGAAUUCUAGGUCUAAUAUCAGGUUUUACAUAGUAUUUUAAAUACUAAAGUGUUUAGAAGGUCAUCAGUUUUGAUACACAAUUGAUAAUUGCUAAUUUUUUUUUCCCUGGAGGGAAAAGGAAAAAAGCUAACGGAAUGGGAGUAACAUGGUAUACCCAGCUCUUUCAUUGUGUCUUAUUUCUGUAUUUUUUAUUUACUUAUUGACAUCUCGCUUCCUAAUUUUACUUGAGUUUGAAUUAUGUGAGCUCUAUUUAUUAAGAUGACUAAUGUUUGCACUGCUUUCUUCCUGUUUAUUUUAGGAUGGCCACCUUCAUUAUUAGAAAGGAUGACUGUUUAAAACUGUGCAGUUAAAGAUAAGCACACAGGAUCCUGUUUGUCAUCUUCCCUUCUUCUUAUUUAGGUCAUUCAAUAGCAUUCCAGAUUUUUAAAACUCUGUCAUCCCUCUCUUCUUUCUAUGCUUGCAAGACACUCCAUAGUCCUAAAUAAAGGAAGGUAGAGAAAGAGAAUAGGAUGAUGAAUACCGCUUUUCAACAAAAAGUUUCCAAAGCGGUUUACAUAGAUAUAGAUAGAUAAAAUGGCUCCCUGUCCCCAAGGGCUCACAAUCUAAAUAAGACACCAGCAACAGCUACUGGAGGGAUGUUGUGCUGGGGAUGGAUAGAGCCAGUUGCUCUCCCCGUGCUAAAUACAGAGAACCACCACUUUUAAAAGAUGCCUCUUUGCUCAGGUAGCAGGGGUUCAGAAUGCAGCUGAGUUGCUGCCAUUUUAAAGAGAAAAUGCAGAGCCAGAAAAAAGCAGGUGCUGACAAACUUCUAAUUCUUGCAGGGUUAAAAGAACAACUAUUACUAUUCUUAUUUAAUUCCUCCCUUGUUUCUACUGCUGUCCAUCCAUUUCAAAUUACAUUUGUCAUGUAUAAAUUUAAUUAACCGACAUAGGAAACUAUAUGUCUGUGAUGCACUCGGGCAAGUCAUGUUAAAAAAUGCCGUUGUUUUUUUCUUCUCACCAGUAGACUCUAAAUUUCAGAAUUAUUGGCUGACAUUCUGACUGAUGAAACACUUGUGUAAUGAGCAGUGUUGCAUUGGUGCGAAAAGACUGCAUAGUUGCACUAAAAAAUCCUGCAAGGAUUUGCACAAAAUUCCCUUGAAAAUAAAUGAGAUGUGCUGUACUCGCACACUGUUGUGCAAACGCAAGCAUGUUUGCAGUAGUGCAACACGAGGAGAGCUGGUCUUGUGGUAGCAAGCAUGACUUGUUCCCUUUGCUAAGUAGUGUCUGCCCUUGUUGAAUUUGAAUGGGAGACCACAUGUGAGCACUGUAAGAUAUUCCCCUCAGGGGAUGGAGCUGCUCUGGGAAGAGCAGAAGGUUUCCCUCGCUGGCUUCUCCAGGAUAGGGCUGAGAGAGAUUCCUGCCUGCAACCUUGAAGAAGCUAGUCUGUGUAGACAGUACUGAGCUAGAUGGACCAAUGGUCUGUCUCAGUAUAUGGCAGCUGCCUAUGUUCCUACUAGUCUGGAUCACAAGCACCAGACUUAGCACAGUUAGCUAGCACAAGCACUUUGCACUAGUGCGACAUCUUUUCACAAGUGCUCAGUUUGGCUGUCGACCUCUGUGUGUGAUAGGAAGGAAGUUUAUGUUCUUUGGAAGAAAAUCGGGUGUAUUUUUGUAACCCAUGUGUGUUAGAACUAUCCUACUGUAAGUUUUAAAAAUGAAAUUUUAAAAAGGUGUAACAUCAGUGCUGAAUGGAAAUGUAUGACCAUGCAUGUAACUUUAAAACUACAAAACCCUUGGAAACUUAAGACUUAAUGCUUUAAGACAAUUUACUUUUUCCUAAAUAAACUUUUCUAUUAUUUA